AUGGAGGACCAACCGAAGGCAGAAGGUGAGGCGGACAAAAAGAUUGUCCAUGUGUACCCGCUGGUGAAGUUUUCCGAUAUGAAUGACGAUGUCCGAGCCGAGGCGAUAGAAUUGAGCAUUACAGCGUGUGAGAAAUACGCACAGAAUUACGAGGUUGCGGCGAAAACGAUUAAAGAGCUGAUGGACAAAAAGUUUGGCACCUUCUGGCACGUGGUCGUCGGCGAAGGAUUCGGUUACGAGGUGUCGUACGAAACGAAGAACCUGCUCUAUCUCUUCUUUGGUGGCAACCUGGCGAUCGUGCUGUGGAAGUGUUCCUAA